AUGUCAUUAAGAGGUUUAAAGGCUUUGCCAGUUUCCAGAGGCCUUGCAGAAGUUGCGUGCCCUUCCAUAAGAGUAGCAUCGUUGCCUUGUCUGUCAACUCGAUUAAUGCCAACAACCACCAUAAGGACAGUGCAUAAGACAGCUAGAAAUGAUUCCACAACACUAUUUUCAUCCGAGAAGAAGCUGUCCUCUUUUAAAACUAUGACAUUGACUUCCUUGAAGAACGAGUGUCGUAGUAGAGGUUUGAAGGUAUCAGGUAAAAAAUCCGAAUUGUUAGACAGACUUGCUGCAUUUGAGGCCCAUAUGUUGUAUAAUACAAAACCUAAAUUUCCAGAUGGAAAUUUCCUAGAUUCUAAAAGAAGUUUACACUCUGGAGCUAGUAUGAAUGCCAACGCCAAACAGGCUGUUGAUAAAGUACACAUGCCAAAUGUUAAAGAUAUAACUGAUGCAUCCGAAUUGGAAAACGACUAUAUUGUAAAAAUCCCAAGAUUAGAAAGCAACAUUUUAAAGAAGACCGAAAGUAAGGGCUUUUCAAAAAAUAAUAAAUCUGUCGGCGAAGACAACCUGUCUGUAUUUGGGCGUGAGGGUACUGUACUGACUGCUAACACGGACCUGAAAAUUGAGACCCCAGGCGAUUCGAACUGCAAGGUUGAAAUAGUAAACGAAGAAGCAGAAAUACAAAAUGAUCCAUCAGGGAUGGAUUAUACCAAUAGCAAAUACAAUUCUAAAACAAAUAAUGAACAAGACUCUGACUAUUAUAACGAGCCAACAGAUCUGUCUUCUAGAGAUAAGAAACUUCUUGGAGGCUUUGCUGCAGCGGUUGCAUUCUGGUGGUAUCUGGGUCGCGAUAAUAAAACCCCUCAUACUAGGAUAACACCCAAAAAACAACACUGA